AUGCGCAUUACCUCGGCCGUGCUCGCCCUGGCUGCCGCGGGAGCUCACGCCGCUCCUGCUCCUGCUCCCGCUCCUGCAGCAGAGGCUGUCCCCUGGUGCUGGCGGCCCGGAGAGCCCUGCUGGAAGGUCAAGAGAGUUGCCGAAGCCUUCUCCGAGUCCCUCAAGUCCUCGGGUGCCCUGAAGGAGCGCGCCCCGGAGGCCGAGUACAGCAACUCCCCCGGCGGGGCCGCUUACACGGCCAAGAGGUCGCUCAACGAGCUUGCCCACGUGGCUGCGUUGACUGCUCGCGAGCCUGCCGAGUUCUACCGUGACUUGGAGCUCGAGGCCCGGUUCGGAGCCGACGAGGGGCUCGACAAGAGAGAGGCAACCCCGGACCCCUGGUGCUGGCGGCCGGGCAUGCCUUGCUGGAAGAGAGACAGCAGCAACGAGCCGGUCCCCAUGAAAGACAAGCGUUGGUGCAACCGGCCCGGAGAGCCCUGCUGGAAAGCCAAGAGAGCCGCAGAGGCCGUCAUGAGCGAGAUCGGGCAAGUUUCCAAGAGGGACGACGGCGGCGACGGCAACGGCGGCGACCACCCGGAUCACGGCGGACACUUCCCCGGCUACUGCAACGGUCCAAACGUCUUGUGCUGGAAGAAACGCGAGGCGAGCCCCGAUCCCGACGCCGAAGCCGAGCCUCAAUGGUGCUGGCGGCCAGGCGAGCCAUGCUGGAAGGCCAAGCGUGAUCUUCACGCUCUGCAACUCGCCGCCCGCAACGUUGUCGAGGCUCUUGAAUGA